AUGCUCGGCCCACCCGUCAGCACCCGGAAUCGCCUUAGUCACCAGCACGUCCCGCUCGUCUCGCCUCCGGACAGGGACAUAUUCCAGCAGGUGCCACUGUCACGACCGAGGGUGCAUCCAGGUGGCCUUCUCUCAGGACGGGAGUCGGAGGUAGGUUUUGGUCAGGAUGAGCCUGUGUUCUGCGCAGGUUCGCAGGAGCAGUAGGCCAUUGUCAUUGGAGUCGCCAGGACCACGGGGACCUAGCACUCAUAUCCAGAGAGCAUGAUAUGUGCCGACGCGGGUGUUGAAGUCACCAAGGACAAUCAACUUAUGCGCCUUCAGCACAGACGCCAGGAGGGUGUGCAGGUCCUCGUAGAAUUUGUCCCUUGCAGUAUCAGGGUUUGUCAUCGGAGAAGCGUAGACACUGAUGAUGGCGGCGAAUUUACCUCACCGGAGAGGCAUGCGGAGGCUCGUCAGACGAUCAUUGAUGCCCUACGACAGACAGAGCGGUAGUCCCUUGACGUCGUUGGCAAAGGCAAUGCCCGCGUUCCGUCGCUCUGUCUUGGGGCGACCGCUCCAGAUGAAGGUGUAGCCGGCACCCACCUCCUCCAGUUGGCCUUGUUCACAGAACCGAGUGCAGCGAUGUCCACCUUGUAGCACGCCAGUUCCCGAGCCACCAACAUCAUCAUGCAUUCCCGUGGGUUGCUCCUCGGAUUGCCUAAAAGAGAACGAAAAUACCACGCUGCCAGAGUGAGUGGACUCAUUCUACCGGUCUGGCGAGGGGGACAGCGGGAAGGAAAGGGAGAAGAGAUACUGUGUUGAUUGUUUCGACCGUGAGUUUUGCGUAUGCAGCCAGGGUCAGCCUGCAGAGGGCGUGAAGCCUUAGCAUUAGUUUAGGGCACCUUUUCUAGCCCCUAUCCCUUCACGGGCGUGAGCAGUACUCUCCCUAAAUAGGACUGUUCAGUUGUCAUAGACGGCUUCCGAAAUCCACUAAGGGCCACGGCUUUUGUUAAGCGGGAGAACGACCUUAGUUAGCCUGGGCCUGCCUUCGACAUCGCCGUAGAGCUUGAAGGGGGGGCUGGGGAAAAGGUACAAUGGCGGGAAGCAGAGCUUUCCCAUGCAUCUCUAAGCGAACUGGUUUUUGAAAUAUAAACGGUGAGCAGAUAAAUUCAACAGAACCUCAUUUGACUUACAAUAAGGACAGACACAAUCAAGCAGACCAAGAGCAGUUAAGGAAGAACAGGCAGAAACAAAGGCAAACGGAGGAAUUCAACGAAUCGGCACUCAGCUUACAACAAGGACAAACAGACAAGCAGACGAAGGGCAAGCAAGCAAGAACAAGCAAAGCAAAGACGGCGGAACAAUGUUCGCUUACCUGGAGGCUCACUUACCUUGCGGCCUCCUACAGUGUUGCAGACGGAGUCUGGGCUCGGAGGUACCGAUGCGGUGACCCAUCCGGCCAGCGGAGCCGAGUUACCGUGUGCGGAUAUGUGCACACGAAUUUCAUCAUCUGGUUUAGUCCGCCGGUCGGGGCGAUUACCGAGGUGUUGCCGCUAGACAGAGCCUAACUUCUGGGAGCUACAAGUGAGAAUUGAGUGCCAGUUAACAGACGCUAGGCGUAGUCCACACCUGCAAGUUAGUAAGCGACCUACUACGACCGUCAUGUGAGUCCGUAACUGGACACCUCUAAACCCCGUUUAUCUAUUGCAUUAACACUGUCGCACCCAUUUCAUCUUCCAAAAUUGCCUAAGGACAUUCGAUUAUCGCAUAAGCCUAUUCGGCCAUGUGAGACUCCAUACAGAGCUUCCACAAACACCGCACUCCAGUGCUGACAAAAACUAAGAAAGAGAGCCGCCCUAAUAAUGAAAGAGACGGUCAGCUCACUAGCCAAAAAGUAACCUCGAGAUUGUACCGUCAUCCACGGAGAGACCAGGCGAAAUUUUCCACCCGGAAACCCUCUUAGCUUGCUAAUCGGUAACUUGUCAGACGUGUAUCUGUGUCGGGCGUUUUAGCAAAAUUAUCUAGUUCUUUUGUAUGCCCAAGUUUACGUGCUCCAGGUCUUCGAAGUUCAAACGAUCAAAAGUUUCAGUUAGAUAUACUUGUAGUCCGUCUUGUAGAUUCUAUGGACAAUGAUUUCAGUGGUUUUAAAGAAUAAAAAUUCCCCGGCGUCGAAGUCGUAAACAGUCUUCAGGGUUGGCGCUAACCUAACAUAUUGGCGACUAGGUCUACCAUUGCCUUCUCGACGAUCAUUGUCCGCCUCUAUAGUUGGGCUUACUUUCAUCAGCUUUCUUGAGCCCUUGACAAUACUAUUAUUAGGCGUCCAUAGGGGCACUGCCAAUUAUGACGUGAAUCGCACUAAAACGACACUAAUGCACCCUGCUAACGUUUAACAAUCACACUCAGCUUAUUUGUUUUAUGCCUACACUAAUAAAGGUUGGGAGGCCUGCCUCGACCAGCAGACCCACUGAACUAGCCAACAAGAGACCAUUUAAUCAAACACGCUCCAGCAUCCUCCGCAGCCAGUUGGCCGAACAACGAAGGCAGGAAGCCUCGAGACCGCCGUCAUUUCCGACCACACGCAGCCGUCGGGAUCAACCGUCAGCAUCGGCAACAAGAGUCUCCAGGCCGGUACCAGCUAGACGUACUCAAACUCCAACAAGCCGGAGAGCAUCGCCAUCGGGUGGGCCACGAUCGAUGACGUCGGCACAUAGCUGUCCUCGAGGGCAACCAGCUGGUGAGGAAGCGGUGCCCAGACCUACUACUAACUUCGUUCAGGGGCAACAAUCGUCAGGAACAGUCACUGAGGAAGUUCAGGUGAUUGACCAAAUGAUCAGUGUUACGGUAUGGUCCUCGGGAUUCUCGUCGUGCACAAUCGUAUUAUUUAAUGUUAGGGGGCGCUCACCGAUCGUGGAUACGGAACUCACUCGUUCCGUUGUGCCUUAAGGGCCCUCUCUCGAGCCCAACCAGCAGCCGCACAGCGGCGCAUGAUAUAUAGGCAGAAUGAUAUUACCGACAAAGACAAGGGAGAUUGGAAUGGCCAUUUCUGGCUUAUUAGCCGUCGUCAGCCAGCCAUACCCAAGCCCGAAGUGUGGAACACCCGAGCCUCGAACUCGCGACCUGUUGGUUUAGAAGUCAACGCCUCUAUUCACCGGGCCACGAGCCCGUUGCCCUGUCGGUUUUCGAUCGGGAAUAUACAAUGUUAGGGGGCGCUCACCGAUCGUGGAUACAAAACUCACUCGUUCCGUUUUGCCUUAAGGGCCCUCUCUCGAGCCCAUCCAGCAGCCGCACAGCGGCGCACGAUAUAUAGGCAGAAUGAUAUUACCGACAAAGACAAGGGAGACUGGAAUGGCCAUUUCUGGCUUAUUAGCCGUCGUCAGCCAGCCAUUCUGCGUAUUAUUUAAAUUAAGCUCGAAAGGUAGCUAGCCGGUUAUGUGUAAUAUCAGCUAUUCUAUUUGUGCUGUCAUAUUUACUCGGUGUUUUGCAUGGAAGGAUUCCCUUCACACCGAAAACGGAAGUUUACACAGUUGCAACCAUUUUUUGACUCGGGAUUUUCCGCUUUUGUAAGAACUUGGUACCUCUAGACAAAGUGACAUUAACUUUAACAUUUGUUUUGUUUUUAAUUCUCUUAGGGUUGUUAUUUAUUAAAAUAGAUAGUGAGUCCGCGCAUUGGUGUCGGUUUGCGCGUGAUUAGCAAUUAUUCGUAAAUCUCGACACCUUUCAGGAUUUAGGUAACGCGCUGUAUGUAAAGCGCUGUAGCCGAGGUGACCAGUGCCCGGAUCUACCAUCACGCCACCCACUUCACUUUUUACCCCCAUUUCGCAUUAAAAGAUUAUCUCGUGGAUGAGCUAACAGCAAAUAUGACACGUUUUGCAACACCUUGUUUGACGGGCUCUCAAUGUGUCUUCAGAUACCAGUCACUACAACGAACCCAAAGGAAUCCAAUCAGCGACGUGCUACGACCGUUACAGGCCUACCGACCUCCGGUUCCUCAUGCUCGCUGGGUCCGCCGGGUAGCAGUUUCCGCCAGGCUCUGUCAGAGGAGGAGAAGGUGAAUUUCAGACCUGUUUUUCGAUUGUACCUGCACUGUAUGCCACACCAGUUUACGAAACAACAGGAUACUGUAUUCUUUUCGUUGCCGUGUAGAUUAGAAAACACUGUUUCAAUCCUGCUCGCAACUACCCAGACCCACCACGGCACAUCUAACGAAAUCGACAAGGACCUGGUUAUGAAGAGCCCUUGUCACCUUCGAAAGAUUUCAGUCAUAAGAGGCCAUAACACGCUUGUUGACCUCUUACUCAUAAAGUUGAUUUUGUUGCCUUGGUUUUAGUCUCGAGAGGCUCGACGAAAGGCCGGUGAAGCGGCAAUCCUUCGCGCCCUUCAAGCAGACGCUCACUCAGCGACUUUGACUGCUACCGUGCAGUAG